AUGGGCGAUGAUGAUCAAAUGCAAACAACAGGCAAACAACUCAGCGCAGACGGAAGAGAGGAACAACUCAUGCCUUACGAGGGAGGACUUUUUACCCUUUUGGCAUACAGCCGCCUACCAGUAGUACCGACCAACGACAAUGACGGUGACGAUAAGUUGCCUCCUAACGAAGCCUCUUCCCGCAGCCUCUGGGAAAAACAAAGAAAGAAAGAGAGAGAGAGAGGAGAGAGAGAAAAAGAAAAGAAAAUCCGGUGGAGCCACACGCCACACGCCACACGCCACACGCCAACACCUUCAACGCUGAAGAAAGAUGUGGACGCAGCCAAGUGGUCUCCUCCUCGCCCUGGUUUGUACCCGAUGACGACGACCACUUGCUGCGAAGUUGUGCUGUACCUACAUUAG